UAUUAACAUUGUUAUACAGUGUUUUGUAGUCUUUGUUAAGGUGUUAUGAAUCCUGUAAGGUGUUGAAUUAAAAUAACAGGUUACCAAACAAAGGUUUGGUGGAUCUUACACUUCCAGCCAGGAAUUGAAUCUGUAUACUGUUUGCACAGGACGUGUAGAUAAUCAAUCUUCUGUUUCGUUUUCACUGGUGCAUACUGUAUGUUUAGUAUUUUAUUGCAUGAUGUUCCUGAUAGCAAGUAUUGCACUUUAAACGUAAUGGUUUAUAAUCAACUGUAAGUUUUACUUUCACUUCCUAAAAACGUUAAAGACUGAGGCCACUGUUUCAGUUACUUGCUCUGAGGAAAGUGGAAUACAUUGUUUUAAAAUCACCCUGUGGAUAAAGUCUUAUUAUUGCUCACUAUGGCGAGUGCGGGUAAUGUGAACUAUUCUCUGGCUGCAGACAGUGGAAGCAACAUCAUUUCCAUGUUUAUCCAGGGGGAUGUAACUGGUGAUAUUAACAUGCCUGUGGAAAUAAAACUUUCAGAUGAUCAACUUCGAGAAUUCACUCAAGGUUUAGGACAACAGAAUGUCAUACUGCUUAACGCUUCGAAAAGCCAAGAUCUGGAGUCAAAGGUGGAAGAGAAUCAACGUCUACUACGACAAAUUUCACAAUUUCUACAAAGCAAUCCGGUUUUAACAUCACCAAUUCAGGAAUACGCUCAACAAAAUAAAGGACUUGUUAAAGAUUUAAGCUAUCAACUUGACGAAGGAGGAGAGGAAGACUCUCGACAAUUAAAGCAAUUCAUUAAAAAGACACUUGAAGAAAUACGGCCAGAAAACUCACCAUCAAGAGAGAAGCUCAUCCACGGUUUCUGGGCUGUCGUGACUGUAGCUGUCGCACUAACUACCUAUUUUUAUAGCAAGCUGAGGACAAGAAAAGUGCAAUUAAAAUAUGUUGGGGAACCUCAACAACAAGUAGUCCAAGAAGAAGAUAAAGAUGAAGAAGAUGCCCUAAGAGUGGCCUGUUCCAGUCAAAGCCAGAAAUCGGUGGCCUACUAUAAAUGAGGUACUGAAAAGAAGAGAUAUGAUGGGUACCAGUACCUGAAGCUUUUUGGAAAUUGCAGAAAUUGUUUUAAAUUGCAUUAAGCUCCCCAGAAUCGCUAUUAAAAUGCUUCUUUGUGGUAGUAUUGUGAAUUAAUAAUCCAGCUCAUUGAAUAUUUGUUCUUAUUGUUUUGAAGACAUAGUUAUUAUAAAUUUGUCAUGAUUUUCAACUUAAAAAUCUAAAUAUGUCAUUAGGCAAGAAUAAGAAGAUGACACAUUACUACAAAAUGGUCUUCCAAGUUUUUGGCUGUAUUUUUUAUGAUUUAUUUUUGCAUGGCUUUGAAAAUGGGACAGUUAUCUAUCAUUAUACCCCCAGUGCCUCUGCUUUCUUUGAAAAUGGAUAACAUUCUGUAGCACCACUGCACUUGUAAGACAUCUUGCUUAAUAAAAUAUGUUGAAUAUA